AUGGUUUUGACUGACAGUUGCAAAUUUGGCCGUAGGACGUUAUGGGAUGAUGAGUUUGAAUACAAUUCCGAGCAUUUUCGAAUAACUCAACAAUUAAUACUUACCAAGGUUUCAUCGGAGAUAGGAGGUGAAACAUCGACUUUUUAUAUGCCUCUCUUUCUACCAGCUUUCUGUCCGUCCUCUUUCCAUAAUCGACAUUUUCUUGGAAGAGGAAGCCCUCGAUUUUCCGUCGUCAGCAUUAGGGCUUUUGGGUGUUCCUUGAUUUUGUGUCUUCCCUUGCCACUCAUUUCCUCCAUUUUGUGUCUUCCACGAUCUCUUCGUGGAUGGCAUGUUCUCUUCAGACAUUUCCAGCAUUUUGCACAUCAGUUGUUUCUCUCAAAAUCGCAUUCAUUUGUUCCUCCGCUUAUAUCCUCCAAUGGUUUUCAACCAGCGAGAGAAGGGUUGAAUGAUGAGGAAGAUAAAUUUGUGAAGCCGGGUGGUUCUGAUUUGAAGUUCACAAAGCUUGCGAUUGGUGCUUUGUCAUGA